AUGCUUGAGAAAAGUGGUGUCCCUCUUGUGGCUCAGGAAAAAUUCCCAGAACCCAGAGAAGUGGGGAAACUAGUGAUCAAUCCAGUCAAAAAAGAGCUGGGACUUGCAUUCAAGGGGAACCAAAAAAUGGUGGUCGAAGCUUUGGAGGCAAUGAAUGAAAAAGAAGCUUUGGAAAUGAAGGCUGCUUUAGAAUCCAAAGGAGAGAGUGAAUUUCAUGUGGGCACUCUUGGAAAAAACGUUACCAUUAAGAAGAACAUGGUUGCAAUUUCAAAGGAGAUAAAGAAAGAACACCAUAGAGUUUCACACCAUCUGCCGAGUAAAGCUGGGGAUGAACAAUUAAAUGUGUUCCUUUUUCCGCCUCUUGUAGCACCUAUUAAAUGCACGGUUUUCCCACUUGUUCAGCAACAAUAUUAUGAGGAGGUGGCAAAAGUCAUCUCCCAAUCAUUGACUACGGCUGGAAACUCACAUAAGGUUGACAUUACAGGGACUUCAAUCGGUAAACGAUAUGCAAGAACCGAUGAACUUGGUCAUGGUGUACCAUUUGCAAGCACUGUUGAUUCAACAUCCUCCGUGACAAUUCGGGAGAGGGACAGCAAGGAUCAGGUCCGUGUUAGUGUAGAAGAGGCAGCGUCUGUUGUAAAGGAGGUGACCGAUGGACGGAGAACAUGGACAGAUGUUUGGUCUACUUUCCCCCAUCAUUCCUCUGGAUCCGUCGAGGCAGAUGAGUGA